AUGAUUUUUAUGGAUGAAAUUUCACAAGAUAAAGUUAAUCAAUCAUCAUGUAGUAUUGUUAAUCGAUUUCGUCGUCAAGCAAAUGGUUGUGGUCCAAUGACCUUGAAUAUUGAUGAAUUUCUUCAAAAUAUUGGUGAAGAUGUUUUAAUUGGAUGUUGUAAUGAACAUGAUCUAUGUUAUGAUACAUGUGGUAAAACACAAUUUAUAUGUGAUACAACAUUUCUAAAUUGUAUGACUGAAGCAUGUAAAAAUUUAUCAUUAUCAUCAGAUAUUAGCCGUUGUCAAGGUGAUGCUCGUAUUCUUUUUUGGCUUGUAUUUUUUGGUGGUCAACCUUCUUAUGAACAGGCACAACAACAACAUAAUUGUACCAUAUCAAAGAAAAUAACAAACAAUAUAUUAAUUGAAACUAUAAAACAACAAUAA